AUGACAAUGUCGAAACGUGACUCUUCCACCUCGAAUCUACCAACCAAUAUCGAAGAAGACACUCAAUCAGUGAGCUCAUCGGAUUCUGGCGUUUCCGCUGAUUCCGAUCAUGGACAUGGUCAUAGUCAUGGCCAUGGACACGCCCAUGACCAUUCAGAUGACUCGGAUUCGAGUUGUGAUGGCCAUGAGCAUAAGCACAGUCAUAACGAUGAUAAGCAUUUAAAGGGUCGCCGAGCAGAAAAAGUAUUAUGGGCUGUGGCAGGCCUCUCCGCUGUCUUCAUCGCCGCAGAAUUCGUGGGAGGCUUCUGGGCAGAAUCCCUUGCAAUUAUGACAGACGCCGGACACAUGCUCAGUGACUUGUUAUCUUUUAUCAUCUCAAUUUUCGCCAUCAGAUGUGCACGUCUUCCCCCAUCCAAACGUCUCUCUUUUGGAUAUGAAAGAGCAGAGGUUCUAGGAGCUCUAACCUCGAUUAUAAUUCUCUGGGUGCUAACUACCGUACUCGUAGUUGUGGCAAUUCAAAGAAUAGUGAAUAAUGAGCAUGAUGUGGAUGCGAAUAUCAUGUUGAUCACUGCAGGAGUUGGAGUGCUCUUUAAUAUUAUAAUGGGGUUGGUCCUUCAUUUUGGUACAGGAGGACAUGGACAUACCCACGGAGGACACUCGAAUCAUGGACAUUCUCAUGAUGGAAAAAAUGUUAAUGUUAGAGCCGCCUUAAUUCAUGUGAUUGGAGAUUUGGUUCAAUCGAUUGGAGUAUUGAUUGCCGCCAUUAUCAUUAAGUUCACUGGAUGGACCUUGGCUGAUCCCAUUUGCACAUUCCUCUUCUCCAUUAUCGUGUUAUUCACCACUAUUACGGUCAUGAAAGACAUCUUCUUUGUGCUUAUGGAAGCCACGCCCACGCAUUUUGAUUUGAGCGAUGUGAAGAAGGUUUUGGGAGGAUUGGAGGGGGUUAAAGGAGUGCACGACUUGCAUUUGUGGAGUAUUGGAAUGGAUAAGACAGCGUUCUCGGUGCAUUUGGCUUUGGAAUCCCCCCAUCGUGCCAUGGAGACCGUAGUAGAGGCCCGCUCGUUGAUCCGUCGUCAGUUCGGUGUCUCAAAUGUGACAAUUCAAGUGGAAAAGUUCGAUGCUCAAAUCGAGUCAUGUGAUACUUGCAUUCAACAAGAAACUGCUUAA